CGCACCGGAAGUGAAUGUGUGCUUGGUCGCGUGUCUGCGGACGGAAGUUGGAGAGAGGCGGAAAUAAACAAAGAGAACGUCGGAGCUGAAGUUUCCCCUGAAACAGCAGGAUGAGCUCCCAGGAGGAGUCCGGCCGCUGUAGGAGAAGAGGAGCAGAGAGGAGAAACCAUACUCCUGCAGCCGCUUCAGGAAAGGAAGAGCAGCUCCGGUUGGCGCAGGCUCAGGUGUCCUCUCUCUCUGAAGGCGCAGAGAGGCGGCGGCGCUCCGCAGCCGGAGAGAGCCCGCACCGCUGCGCGCACUGCGGGAAGCACUUUGCAUCGCCACAGGUGCUCACGGUGCACCUGCGCAUCCACACGGGGGAGAAGCCGUUCAGCUGCCCGCAGUGCGAGAAGGGCUUCCGCACGCGGCAGAACCUGCAGGUGCACCAGCGCACGCACACCGGGGAGAAACCCUACCGCUGCGCCCGGUGUCCCAAGAGCUUCGUGACGCUGCACAACCUCACGGUGCACCGGCGUGUGCACACCGGGGAGAGGCCGUACCGCUGCCCGCUGUGCGAGAGGGGCUUCGCCACGCAGCACAACCUCACCGUGCACACGCGCCGCCACACCGGGGAGCGGCCGUACCGCUGCGCGCACUGCGACAAGAGCUACGCCACCAUGCUGAGCCUCCGGGUGCACAGCCGCCGCCACACCGGGGAGAAACCCUACCGCUGUCAGCACUGCCACACGGAGUUCAUGUACUUUCCGACUCUGUGGAAACACCGGUGCCUCUGAGCGGCUGAAGAGCGCCCCCUCCUGUCUGUCGGCCAGGAAACACAACACCAAACCUGGAGUUAAAGCCCCCGUGAAUCAGCCUCCCGUGAUUUCUGCUCUGUCAGAAACGAUGACCUCAUCAGCACCAGUGGACAGAAAACCUUCACCAGUUAUUGAACAAACUCGAUUCCCCCUCCAAGUUUCCUCAAAGACAAAAUAUUCUCUGUAGCAGCUGAUGAGCGACGAGUUACAGUCAUCAGAUUUCUUUAAGUUUUGAAAUGUUUGAAAUUCAAGUUAAAAUCAAAAGUGACAGCGUCUUGUUGACUUGUUCUUCAGAGGUGGACGCUGAUGUGGAGGCAGCAGGAUGGAAGACGAGGACAGACGUCAGCUGCUGCCCCCUGCUGGACCAGGACAUGAGCGCCUCCUAGUGUUCACUCUGAGAGCUUACUGUGUUUUUUUUUUUUUGUUUUGUUGUAUUUUAAUAAUGGAGAGGAAAUGAAUCCAAGGUUGAUGAUCUGGAUUCAGGACGACGUGUUGCUGCUUGUUUCUUGUGCAUUUUGAAAACAUUUGUUCUGUUUCAGUUUUUUCAAUAAAUGUAAAUGA